GUUGCCUUACUAGCGCGAGUAAACACGUCCAGGAUGUCGUUAGGCGCUACGUUUUAGCACGACAUGUUCGGUCACACAAACCACUGGUUGCGGUACCGAACCUCCCGUCGGACGAACUCUAGGCGCAUAAAGUGAUUGGUAACCGCAUACGGACUCUUUAAGAUCGCGCGAGUGUCAAAUGUGCAGCUAAUGCGCCGCUCAAGGCGACGAUGUCUGUGCUACGUCCAGGUAGCAUGCUAAGCUAAGCGCUAGCCACGGCUAACUCCGGUCGGUUAUUGGAAUGGUAGCGCGCAGCCCGAGCUCCCCCGGACAUGGCGACUGGAGCAGCAGCCGCUUCUGGCGGCUCUUUCGAGUCAUCUUUAGAGAAGAAGUUUCGAGGUGUUUCCAACACGAUGGAUUCCAUUCAAGGACUUUCGACGUGGUGCAUCGAAAACAAGAAGUACCACAGCCUGAUUGUGCGACACUGGAUGAAGUGUUUGAAGAAAUCGGAUACCUCACACAGACUCAACCUUUUCUACGUCGCCAACGAUGUCAUCCAGAACUGUAAAAGGAAAAACGCUAUCGUGUACCGGACGGCGUUCGCCGAGAUGCUCCCCGAAGCCUUCCUGCUGGUCAACAAUGAAGGUGACCCCAAAGUGAUUAAAUCGGUGGAGAGGAUACUGACCAUCUGGGAGGAAAGGGGUGUGUAUUCAGGGACGCUUAUUACUGAGCUCAGGACGAGCUUAGUCAAGGAGGAGUCCCCUCCAGAGACGCCCGCAGAGCAAAAAACUCCAGUUGACUCUAAAGCAGAUCUACACUCCAAGAUUGUUGCUGAGUUUGUGCCCCAAGCACUAGUCGAGGAACUGUCCAAGUACAAGAAGUCUGUCCAGGAGGUGGACAUGAGAGAAAAGCAGCUGGCGUCCAUGAGGAUCGACAUCUGCAGCUCUGAUGCCCUCAAGAGACUGAAAGAUAAGGCCGGCGGAAAGAAAUUCUCCAAGGACUUUGAGGAAGGAAGUGCGCAACUGCAGGAGUUUGUUAAGUUCUUUGACAAACAGAUCUUAACGGGGCCCCCUGUCAUGGAGGCCCUGAAGAACGCAGAUAUCUUCUACGAGAUGCAGUACAAGGAGGUCAAGAUUGUUGCCAAUGCCUACCAGACCUUCGCCAACCGGGUGUCCCAUCUGAAGCGCAAGCUGGACACCUUGAAGGCCAACCUGCCGGACCUGGACGAGUCCCCCAUCCCCUCGCCCUCCGCAGACGCGCCGUCCCCCACCGGCUCCGAGUCCCCCUUUCGGGGCCUGGAAUUGGCCCACCCCGAUUCCGAACUCGACGGCUGCGCUAUGGAUGACGAGGCGGAGCCGCCGGCGCCGAGCCCUCUGUCCUCGCCGGGAGGUUCCCCCAAACCCUCGGCGGCGCUCGGGCAGAACGACAACCGGGAAGUGGAAGACAUGGAGCUCUCCGAGGAAGAAAUCGACGCCGCUGGCAUUAUAGUUGAGGAGCAGAGUGAAUCCCGCUCCGACCCAAAGGCGCCCACGUUGAAAACUGAGACACCGGUGGCAAGAGAGCAGCCCGUCCGGCAGGUCGCCCCCUCUGUCCCCGCAGCGGCUCAUCUAGCGGCACCAGUAGCGCCUCCUGCAGCCGUGGAAAAUGUCGACCUGGGUAAAAUCGGCUCCAUCCUCAACAGUUUAAACUCGGUCAUGAAGAACACAGGACCAGUAGUGGAGAGUCCUCCUGCAGCUGCUGCUGCUGCCUCCUUGUUGAAGACUCCACCUGUGGUGCCUGUGGCCCCCCAGGAUGCCAGUUCACUGGUUAAUCUCCUCUCAAAGGUGGACGUGUGUCCUGCAGACCUCAUCGGCGCUCUCUCCAAAGUCCAGGGCAUCCCUUCUGUUCUGAAAAGCCCCGCUGCCAACACCUCCUCAGAGUCCUCUAGAACAGGAAAGAUUCCGCCGUCCCCCUCGUCCACAUCCGCGCCAGCAGUACCCCCGCAGAGCCCGUUUCUCUCCUCCGCUGUACCUGGGCCUUCUGCACAGAGUUCUCAAGCCCCCUCCCAGACUUCCAACCCAGCCUCGGCCCUGGUCCGGGCUCUGCACAGAGAGAUGGAUCUGACCACAGAGGCAGAACCGUCCCUGUCUUCUAAGAGUUUGGAGUCCAAAAUCCACAGCUUUCUACAAGGCAACCCGGCUUUCAGUGCAUUCGGCAUAGGCCUUUCUGCGAUUCCAGCGGCGGGGGCAGAUAACCUCAGCCCAUUGACCGGAGCGGACACCCGGGGGGGGACUCCGGUGCGGGAUGAGGGCGGAGGCACCCCGACUCAAGAUGAGAUUAUGGACAAGCAUGCGCCGGGCCCGUUCCCUUCCAACACUAAUCAGCCAUCGGUUGGAGAAACUCUUAAAGCGGCUCCUGUCGCAUACCACAACAGCAGCCAGCAGAGCCGCGGCAAUCCCCAACAGCCCAGCGCUGAGCGCCAGAACGGGCAGGUCUACCAGCCGUACCAGUACGGCGAACACAAGAUGUCAGAGCACGGCACUACCGCGCCCCUCGGCCAUUACCAGCAGCUUUCUGGCCAAACGGGAGGGCCGGUGGCAGAAAGAGCCCCGGGCAGCGGCAGUAGCACUCAGACUCUGGAGGACUUUCAAAGGGUGGGCCAGAGGGGUUGGUAUGGCGACACAAACCCGGAGGGGAGCUCUCAACAGCCGAGGGGCUACAACGUGACGGCGCCCGGAGGGGCCGGAGAAAACAACAGGCCAGGACUCCAUCCGUACCAAGCGGAGAAUUUUCAGGGAAUUCAAGAGUUAAGAGAAAAGUUCGCCCCCCAGCACGGCGCCAUCAAUACCCCGGAUUUCUUCCGAGGCACCCUCCCGCCUGUCCCAAAGUUCCCUCCGCCCCCGCGUGUCUUUGAUGCGCCUCUCCCCGCGACCAGCGGUAUGAUGAUGAUGCCGCCUACGCAACAGCACCCGGUGCCGGGCGACAGCAUCAUCAGUGGGAUGGUGGUCCACGACCAUCAGCACAAAUCCAUAUAUCCUCCCGACGAUUCGCUGUACGAUCGCGACCGACCGCACCCUCCCCACCACGAAGAUUUCCCCCCGCGCCCAGACGAGCUCGGCUACCACGACGAGCUCGGCUACCACGAUGGCGGUUUCUUUCAAGAGGACACGUAUCACCACCACCCAGAGGAUGCAUAUUACGGAGCAGGCAGCCCACCGCACCACUUCCCCAGGCGCCUCACUCCCCCUCGGUCACCCUCAGAGGACCCCUACUACCCCCCUGACUACCAGCGGCACAGCCCCCCUCCUCCGCACUACGCUCCAAGGAGACCGCCGCCGCAUUUUGAAAUGAGUCACCCGGGCCUCCGGCCUCCACAUCGGCUCCCCCUGCUGGCGCACCACCCUCACCCCAGAGGGCCCCCGCGCCCGCCGUUUCCCCGCUUCCACGGCCCCAAUCCGAGGCUAAGAGGCAAACGACCGGGUCCGCGAGGAGGGGGAAUUCCUGGUUCAAUGUUCCCCCCAAAAAGACCCUUUCCACCCCCGCGGUACUGACUGGACAUGUAGUGGACAAACCGCUGUGGCUGUCACUAAGGGGCGGGGCUUUUUAGACUGUUGAGUAACCUGCUCGUCACUCCGGCUGGAUCCCUGCGCGGAUGCCGAGGUGGGCGCCUGCAGACAGACUUACACAGAAGAAGAGUCCAUGCAGCGGCGUCUGAGAGGCUGGUGGGGGGGAGGUGGGGGGCAAGAGACAACACCAAGAGAUGGAGAAGGAAUUCGAGGCUCUGAGAAGGCUGCUGCGCUGAAGGGUGAAGACCGAAGAGAAGAUUAAAGAAAAUAAGAGGUGGAUAUAUAUAUAAAUAUAUACAUAUAAUUCACUUUGUGUUAUUCGGCCCAGUAGGAAGCAUCACGUUAUAUGUGUAAUUGGAGCGCCAGAGUGUGCAUGGUAUGCGUGUGCAUGUGAUUACGUCAACUAGUCACAGAAGAUGAAACUGCGAUGGUUAUUACUGCGAAAAAGAAUGAAGCUGGUGCAAUUUCCGCUGUUAUUUAGUUUGUCAGUGAGCAGUUUUGACUGCUUCUCUUCAUUUCAGCAGUUUCCCCAGUAUCGUUUGGUAAAAACGUCAAUUUGAAUCACUUUGAUUUGACUUUGAAUGAGGUUUUCUUCUACAGUACUCGUGAGCAUAUUCAGGAAAAACGUACAUUUCAUUGUUCCAACUCCGAAUGUCAUUUUAUUUGUGAAGCGAUGCUUUCUCAACCGGUGCGUUUGAUCCCUGCGGCGAUAUUUUUACGUCUCGUUAAGUUCCUCGAAGGAGAGCGGCACUCAAAAGGGAGAGAGGUGCGAGAGUUCUUUUUCUCUGCCUCCAACACCGACGCAGAAGAAGGGGAUGAAGAAACUCGUCUUCAGUUUCGUUUUACUUGUACUGACUAAUAAAAAUCUGAGUUUGAAAAA